AUGGAUAUUCCUCACACAGUAUCGGAAUCCGAUAUUUCGUACAUAUCAACAGCGUCGGCUCCAUCUCUACGCGCCAGAGAUUCGACAGCGAGCAUGCCUACUCCGCGACCUUCUUAUCUGGCAGGCGAAGAAGGACAAGGCAAUGUCAAGGUUGUUGUCAGAGUGCGCAAGUUCUUGCCUCGAGAACUCGAAAAGCAAGCGCCAUGUCUAAUCGAGAUGGACCCCAACACGCAAAAGACGACAAUCCAUCCUCCUCCGGCAGCAAGUCUGAACGCAAACACUCGCAAGGUCUAUGAAGAGAAGAGCUUUGUAUUUGACAAGUCCUUCUAUUCCCACGACGAGUCGAUGCCGCACUUCGCACACCAGCAAGAUGUCUACGCCUCGUUCGGUGAGGACUUUCUGGACCACAACUUCGAUGGUUACCACACUUGUAUCUUUGCAUACGGUCAAACUGGCUCUGGCAAAUCAUACACCAUGAUGGGCACCAAGGAGCAACCCGGCCUAAUCCCCCGAACGUGCGAGAAUCUCUUCCAGCGCAUUGAGCAAGAGCAGAACGGCAACAUAACAUACAACGUCCAUGUAUCCUACUUUGAGAUCUACAACGAACACGUCCGCGACCUUCUCGCUCCUAGGACCACUCCGCCUACACAUUUGAAGAUCAGAGAGAGCAAAUCAGACGGUGUCUACGUCCAGAAUCUGAUUGACAGCCCCGUCAAGUCAUUCGGCGAUAUCCAGAGGCUCAUGCAUAUGGGUGACUUGAACCGAACAGUCGCCGCGACCAAGAUGAACGACACUUCUUCGCGCUCACACGCUGUCUUUACCCUCACACUAAAGCAGAUCCAACACGACAUUGCCACUGACAGCACUAUCGAACGCACAGCCCGCAUGCGUCUUGUCGAUCUGGCAGGUUCUGAACGAGCAAACAGAACAGAGGCUACCGGUGCACGUCUCCGCGAGGGAGCAAACAUCAACCAAUCUCUCACCACCCUUGGCCGUGUCAUUGCCGCUCUCGCAGACCCCAAGCGUCAGCGUCCGAAUGCCCGCCCAAACCAGACCAAGCGUCGCGCAGAUGUGGUCCCAUACCGUGACUCGGUCCUUACCUGGCUACUGAAGGACAGUCUGGGCGGAAACUCGAAGACUGCCAUGGUGGCCUGUAUCUCGCCAGCUGACUACGAAGAAACUCUUUCCACACUUCGCUAUGCCGAUCAAGCCAAGCGUAUCCGCACACGCGCCACUGUCAACCAAGAUGCCGUGUCUGCUGCCGAGCGUGAUGCUCAGAUCAAGGAAAUGGCAGAGACCAUUCGUCUUCUCCAGCUCUCCGUCAAUGCGUCAACUACCCGCAAGAGAGACGAGGUCGACCGUGCAGGCCAAGAGAUGGAAGACUACCAACGCCAAGUCACAAAGAUGCAGAGAGCAAUGGAAGAAUCUCGCGAUGUUGCAGAUGUCAAGAUCCGUGCUUUGACCGCCGAGUUGGAAGAACUUCGACCCAUCACUGACCGCUUGAGAAACGAAGUCUCUUCUCUACGCAGACAUCUUGCUCUUGCUGUGGGCGAGCUCAAGAAUCCUAUCGUGCUACCUCCGGCUGAGACAGACAUAGGUGCUGAUGUUCACGAGAUUGAAGUUUACAGUGAUGAGGAAGAAGAGGAAGACGAGAGUAGUGAUGACGAGGGAUACUCGUCUCAGCAUGCAGAGUGGCAGGCUGAUAUUGAUGACUUGAUGAAAGACUUGGGCAUGUUUAAGAGGAAGGUCGCUGAUGAUCGUAGCCGUUUCACCGUGCCUGUGGCUUGA